AUGGGGGCUACUCAACGUCAGAUAGCCAGAACCUUCAACUGCUCCCAGACCACCAUCAGCAAGUUGAUAAUCCGCUACCAACAGACAGGACAGACUCAAGACCGGCCAAGAUCGGGAAGACCGAGACUGACAACACCGGCCGAAGUCCGCUACAUCCGGCAGAUUCACCUCCGAAACGUAUGUGUGACGGCGACGUCAACGGCGGCAACAGCACUAGGGCAUGCCAUCAGCAGACGAACAGUCCUUCGACGACUUCGUACGGCUGGAACGAUUGCAGAGUUCGAGUUUUUCGACAAAGGGGAGAGCGACUGGCGCCAAACUGCAUUAGAAAAGUUCACCCGUUUGGAGGUGGAGGCGUCAUGGUGUAUGAGCUCCAAAUAUCAGAUCACAACCCCCAAAAACAGAAUCCAUGCCAGUGUUUACCGGAAACCCACCCACACCGACCAGUACAUCCACUUCAACUCCAACCAUCCCCCUAGAACAAUGAUUGGCAUCAUCUCUACCCUCACUAAACGGGCCAUCAACCUUUCUUCGUCUGAAUCGAGACCUGAGAUCGAACACCUCCGCCAAAUCUUCGCCCACCUUAACAAUUAUCCACCCUAUCUUGUCGACAAAGUCAUUUCCUCUAGAUCUGCAACCCCUAAACCUGAAUCAGCGCCCUUCCGCAACGCCCUCCCAUUCAUAGGAAAAGCCUCCCGCAUCAUCAGCCGCCUCUUCAAACAGCAAGCCAAUAUUGACACCUCACCAGUUCCACCUUCCUCAAUAUCCUACUAA